CAGUUAAACAACGACGGCAAUUCUAUGGGUGGGAGAGUAUAAAUUUGUACAGAGUGAGGGCCUACAUACAACUGCCACCCCUUCUUGUCCGGGGGAAGUAGAACUUUUCUCUUGUCUGUAAUACAAAAUCACCUGCACCCCCACCCCGCACGCCACCCCACCCCCACCCUAUAAACCUUCUCAACAAACAACUGCAAUCAGCUCUAAGAAAAAAAAUCUAUUUUCAAUCUACAUUGAUCAGUUGUGUGUUGGUUUUGGUGUUUCUGUUGUGUUUUGUUCGGACCCUUUAUGGCUUUGAUGUGAAAACAGAAAGUGGGGUUCUUAAAUUUUCUGUUUCUGGGUAUUUUUUGGUUUUGGAUUUAGUGUAGUUGUUUGAUCAAGAUUGGAUUUUUAGUGCUGUUUGUUUGAAAUUCAAGAAAACUGAAAUCUGGGUUCGUGUGGGGUUUUAUUUUACUGUUGAUGUGAGAAUAGAGGUGGGGGUUUCUUGAAUUUUAUGUUGUGUAUGUUCUUGAAUUCUUUGUUGGGGGUUAGUUUAUCAAGAUUGAAACUUUAGUGUUGAUUGUUUGAAUUCAGAAAAACUGAAUUUUGUGUUUCUGGGCAUUUUUGGCUUCUGGGGUUCGUGUUGAUUGAUUAUUCAAGAACUUUUAUUGGUCUGUUGUCGGAUUCUUUGAUUGAAAUUUUAGUGUUCUUUUGAAAGAUUGGAGUUUCGGGGUGCAUUUGUAGUUGGCUAGUUGGAAUGCUUGAUCAGCUUUUAGCUGACCAUUUAACAGUUUUUGGAGUGUAAGAAGGAAAUGAAGGAUGUGUUCUUGGCUAUCAGCUUGUUGGCGACCUUUAAGUCGAUAUGUCCCAAUGAGCAAGGAUGAAGAUGAUGUUAUAGGAGGUGAAGAUGAUCCAUUGCUAUGGUUUAGAGACCUUGAGAAACAUUCAUGUGGGGAGUUUUCUUUUGCUGUAGUACAGGGUAAUAAAGAAUGUGAAGAUUAUAGCUUGGUUGAUACGAGUAGCGAAGGUACUUUCGUUGGGAUUUAUGAUGGCCAUGGUGGCAUUGAGGCUGCAAAAUUUGUCCGUGAUCACCUUUUCGUGGAUUUAAUGAAGCUUGCUCGAGAAAAUGGAACAAUAGAUGAAGAAGUCCUUAAAACUGCCUUCGCUGCAACUGAAGACGGCUUCCUUUCGCAUGUGAGAAGGGCAUUUGGUAUUACACCAUUAAUUGCGAAAAAUGGGUGCUGCUGUUUGGUUGGUGUUAUCUGGAAAGGGACAUUAUAUGUUGCUAACCUCGGGGACUCUAGAGCAGUAUUAGGUCAUAAAGGAAUAUUCAAUAAGAUUGUCGCUGAACAAUUGACUGAGGAUCAUAAUGCCAGUAUCGAGAAGGUUAGGAAGGAAUUGAUGUCGUCGCACCCAGACGAUUCAUGCAUUGUAGCUAAUGUCAAUGGAGCAUGGCGUGUUAAAGGCAUUAUACAGGUAUCUAGAUCAAUUGGAGAUGCAUAUCUGAAGAAGCCGGAAUUCGCUCUUGGUCCAGAGUACCGAAAAUUCCACCUUAAAGAACCUCUUAGGCGGCCAGUACUAAGUGCUGAUCCAUCUAUAUGUUCAAGAAAGCUACAACGGCGUGAUAGAUUUCUUAUAUUUGCUUCUGAUGGUCUGUGGGAACUCUUAAGCAAUCAAAAGGCUGCGGAAAUUGUGCAUAACAACCCUAGAGAGGGCAUAGCUAGAAGACUUAUUGUAUCAGCCCUCGAUGAGGCAGCAACGAGAAGAAAGUUGAAGUAUGAUGACAUUAAGAAGUAUGACAAGGGCGACAGGAGGCUCAUUCAUGAUGAUAUAACAGUCGUUGUCAUCUUUAUAGAUCACGAGAUGCUUAAAGGAAAACAACCUGUGCCUGAACUGUCAGUUCGAGGAUUAAUCGACAAUCAUGGACCAUCAGAAUUCAAUAUUGUGCAAGAGGUUGCUACUAUGAAGACAAACUUUCACAAGUGAAACAUACUAAACAAGUUGUUGGCACUUCUUUUCUAGGGAAGCCCGGAUGUUGGAAGUUUCUGACCUCCCAUUUUCGCCUUGUUUUACUAAUUUACAUUUGCUAUAUACAGUCUAGAUGAACAGCAAGAGCAAGACUGACUAUCAGGUUACCUGCUUUACCCAUGCCCCCUCGCCUCACAGGUCAUCGGCAACCUUACUUUCUCUAAAUUUUUGAAUGUACACAAAUGUUAGGCACAACGAUAAGAUGAGGGAACUGCCUCCUAUUGUUUGUUUACACAAUAUCUGUCUUAAGUGAGGCCAUGAGGCGAUAAAAGUAGACAUUGGAAUCGAAAAUCAGGUAGAUCAAUACUCAGAAAUGUGAGCAAGUUGACACUCUUAAGCUCAAUUUUUGGUUUUACCUUUGUUAUACAAGUGCCUAUCCAUUCUUGUCUUUUUUACCAUCAAAGUAGUGUAUAAUUGUUUGGCAUGCA